GAAUCACUGUGGUGGAGGAGUAAGAGAGAUUUUAUAGGGAAGAGUUACUUGGCCCCACUCCUCGAUUUCAUCUCUUUCAUUGCUUCUCUCUUAUCAAUUAUCAUUCUUCUUCUUCUUCACUGCUUUUGUUUUCUUUCCAUGUCCAUGGCCUUGAGAGAGAUUAAAACAGAGACCUUUUCUUGUUAAUUUCACAUAAAGCUCCAACCUUUACCAACAAAACCCCCCUAAGUUCACAUAAAGUCACAUCCUUUUUCCAACAAAAACACUUCUCCUUGUCAUCAAUGGACGAUGAUAGAUCUGCUCAUAGCUCAUUGUUCGGAGACUUAUCAACAGAAGAAGUCACAAGCAAGAUCAUUCUCACAGCAGUCAUUGUUCUCUUCAUGGCUGUUCUCUUCGUCCUUAUCCUCCACCUCUACGCCAAACUCUACUGGUGGCGAAUAGAUCACCUCCAACAGCAACAAGAGCAAGAACAAGAACAAGAAGACAACUCAUCUAUCUCUCCACCUGUAAUAAUCACUCGCAGACAACGACGUCGUUUUAUCUUCGUCCCGGGGCAAGACGCUUUACCCAACACUGGUGGGCUUACCUCUUUUGAGCUCAGUUCGUUGCCUAUUGUCUUUUUCAGACAAGACAGUUGUAAAGAUGGUUUGGAGUGUGCUAUUUGCUUGUCUGAGCUUGUCAAGGGGGACAAAGCUAGGCUGCUUCCAAAGUGUAGCCAUAGUUUCCAUGUUGAGUGUAUUGACAUGUGGUUUCAGUCUCAUUCUACUUGUCCCAUUUGCAGAAACGCUGUUCUUGGUACUGAGCAAGGUAGCUCAAAGGGAAUUAUUGAACAAGUUUCUGACAGUGUAUCAGAUGCUUUGUCUCAGGUUUCGGGUUCGUCUUCGGACUUCCCCACCAAUGUCUUGGUUUGGGGUCGCCAAGAUCAGGUUAGGACUAGAAACACCAAUGUUGGGUCUCAGGAAGAUGGUAAUGGUCUUAGUCAAGAGGCUGUUGUUCUUGAUAUCAAUGAGUCUGCAAGUAGAAGUCAAAAUGUGCCGUCUUCAUCAUCAUUGAGGUUUAUUGCUGAAGAGGAAGAGCCAAAGUCUCCAAUGACAACGAGGUUGAGGUCUUUGAGGAGGUUUCUGAGCAGAGACAAGAGAGUCUCUUGUAGCAAUACUAGUAGCAGUAGUAGUAGUAGCUCCAAUGCUGCUGCUUCUUCUGUUGAUCCUUGAAGGUUGUAUCUAGAGUCAAACUGUGUAGUGGUCACUGGUCUCUCCUUGAUAUUUGCUUUUGUGUUUAAGAGCUUUCUUUGUUACCCAAGUAUAUCAUUUUUCUAUGCCAAGAGAAUUUGAAACUCAGAGCUUUUGUUUUACUCAGAUUAACACAAGAGUCCUAUGUUGUUUUCUAAUCAAAGACGCAACAAAUGAUUGCAGAAACCU